AUGUCAAUUCAAACGUCGGAUGGCAGCUCUAAGGAGUAUGCAAAAUCGCUUUCUUUGAUUGCAGCACACUCCCAUAUAUCUGGACUUGGUCUGGACGAGAGCCUACAGCCCAAGCCAACCUCGCAAGGUAUGGUGGGGCAAUUGCAGGCUCGUCGCGCAGCAGGUGUGAUUUUGAAAAUGGUACAAAGUGGAUUGAUUGCAGGCCGUGCAGUUUUAAUCGCUGGUCCCCCAUCUACUGGUAAGACUGCUCUAGCAAUGGGCCUCUCACAAUCUUUAGGAAAAGAUGUGCCAUUCACUGCCAUAGCCGGCUCUGAAAUUUUCUCUUUAGAACUCAGCAAAACCGAGGCACUAACUCAGGCUUUUAGAAAAUCAAUUGGCGUUAAAAUUAAGGAGGAAACUGAAUUAAUUGAAGGUGAAGUUGUCGAAAUCCAAAUUGAUAAGUCUAUUACUGGUGGUCACAAGCAGGGAAAGCUGACCAUUAAAACCACUGACAUGGAGACCAUUUACGAGCUGGGUAGCAAGAUGAUUGAUGGCCUGACUAAAGAGAAAGUCUUGGCGGGUGAUGUAAUUUCAAUAGAUAAAGCAAGUGGUAAGAUUACUAAAUUAGGAAGAUCUUUUGCGCGUUCAAGAGACUAUGAUGCCAUGGGAGCCGAUACAAGAUUUGUUCAAUGUCCCGAAGGUGAACUACAAAAGCGAAAAUCUGUUGUACACACAGUUUCGCUGCAUGAGAUCGAUGUAAUCAAUUCUAGAACUCAAGGCUUUUUGGCCUUAUUUACUGGUGAUACUGGCGAAAUUAGAUCGGAGGUGAGAGACCAAAUAAACACAAAGGUCGCCGAAUGGAAGGAAGAAGGUAAGGCUGACAUCGUUCCUGGUGUCUUGUUCAUUGAUGAGGUGCACAUGCUAGAUAUCGAAUGUUUCUCAUUUAUUAAUAGAGCCCUCGAAGACGAAUUUGCCCCUAUCGUUGUGAUGGCUACUAACAGAGGUAUUUCCAAGACCAGAGGAACCAAUUAUAAAUCUCCUCACGGACUGCCCUUGGACUUACUUGACAGAUCCAUUAUAAUAACAACACAAAACUAUAAUGAGCAGGAAAUCAAAACAAUCCUCUCCAUUAGGGCUCAAGAAGAGGAAGUCGAAAUAGCCCCCGAUGCGUUGGACUUAUUUACGAAGAUUGGUAUGGAAACAAGUCUUCGCUAUUCUAGUAAUUUGAUUUCUGUUGCGCAACAAAUCGCGUUAAAGCGCAAUAAUAACACUGUUGAAGUGACUGACGUGAAGAGGGCGUACUUACUUUUCCUUGACAGCUCAAGAUCUGUUAAGUUUUUGCAACAAAACGAAUCUCAGUACAUUGACGAUCAAGGAAAGGUUGAGAUCAACAGUGCAGCCCCUGCAGAUGCAAUGGACACUACUGCUUAG